CCCACCAUUUGUGGAUUUUGAUCGGUACGUAGCAUGUUCUAAACACGAAAAGAAGAGGAAGAACAUCACAAUUUACAGUUCGUUGAACAUUCUUUUAACAGGGACAGACUUUAUACGUAUUUCCCUUGUAUUCGAGCUAAUGGAUAAUUUAGCGGAGUUGUAUGUACUGUUAUUUCCAGAGGCAACAACGCGGAGGCCGAGACACUCUCCUACACAGGAAACUUCUUUUUAAAUUCCAGGAAACGCAGUGCGUUGACGAAUUCUUCACCAAACCUUCGUUCUGCACAUACGUGCCCGACUAGUGACCCCUUUCUCAAUAAUUUGGGAUGUUCAGAGAGAACCGAACUCGCAAACUCAGUGGUGACAAUGGCAGUGGAAAGUAGUAAAAGGCAGGCCCAAGUGGCCGCGGAGAACGCAAUUCGUGCAAUAUGUUGCGGGUACGAUAUCACAAACGAUUUGAGGCUACCUUAUUGUAAGGAGACUGGUUGCUUGAUUGAGGUGGAUCGGGAGGCCAAACAUGAUAUUUUUAUACCGGGAGGCGUCACGAUUGCCGAUGUGCCGGAAGCCAUCAGAUGCGAUAAAGGAGAGCGCAUGCGAUUCAGCUCCGGCGUUCUGUCGUUUCAGGGGAUGGCAGAGCAUGUCAAUCAGGAACUCAACAUAGUAGGGAGAAUUCCUUCAGGAAUAUUCAAUGCCAUGUUUGAAUUGACAGGGUCCUGGCAAAAAGAUGCAACUGGCACACAACAUCUUGCUUAUGAUGGAUGGUUUAUAACUCUAUACAGUGUAGCACUAACAAAAUCACAAAUAGUUUUACAAGAUGCAGUGAAACAAGAGGUUCCAACUGAUUGGGACCCUCUGGCUUUAGCUCAAUUUAUUGAGAAGUAUGGCACUCAUGUUAUCACUGGGGUAAAGAUGGGAGGGAAAGAUGUGAUUUAUGUUAAACAACAGUACCCUUCAAAUCUGAAAACAACAGAAGUGCAGAAAUUGUUAAAAACGAUAGCAGAUAAACGGUUCUCAGAUGCCAAUGAUCAGUUUGCUUUGUUGUCCAAGGAAACCUCUAGAAAAGACAAGACUAGAAGUGAUAACCGACUCUGCCAAUCUUCAACAAAUCUAAGAAUGUUAAAGCCAAUGGUUGUAUAUUCUUUAGUGAAUGUAAACCAUCUCAGUUUGGUGGACUCAAACGUCUCUACAUCACUUUCAGUAAAAGAGGAUAUAAUAAAGAUUUACAAGAGGAGAGGUGGUCUUGAGUCUGCUCAAAGUCACCAGCAGUGGAUCACAACAAUUCCAUCUUCUCCUGACGUGAUAUCUAUGUCCUUUGUCCCUAUAACGUCCCUUCUAACUGGAGUUUCAGGCACUGGAUUUCUAAGCCAUGCGAUUAAUUUGUACCUCCGAUUUAAGCCACCCAUUGAAGAACUCCAUCAGUUUUUGGAAUUCCAGCUUCCGAGACAAUGGGCUCCUGCCUUCAGUGAAUCUCCUCUUGGAACAGGACCAACCGAAGAUAGAAAUGCAUCGCUUCAAUUCAGCUUUAUGGGCCAGAAAGUUUAUGUCAAUACAAGUCUAGUUAGUGUAGGUAGGAAACCUGUGACUGGCGCUCGCUUGUACUUAGAAGGGAAGAAAUGCAAUAGACUGGCAAUCCAUCUUCAUCAUAUUUCUACUACACCAAAUUUUUUGCAAUUGUCUGAUUAUGAGGAUGCUGAACCUGAAGAAUCUAAUCAUAAAUACUAUGAGCCAUUACAGUGGAAAAGUUUCUCUCAUGUAUGUACUGCACCUAUUGAGUGCAAUGGAUCAUUGGUAGGUGAUCCAGCAUCAAUUGUGACCGGAGCACAGCUCGAAGUUCGUCUUAAGAAAAGGCAAAAGAUCUUAUUUUUGAAGCUUCAGUUUUCAAGGGUAGAUGGAGCAAUCAUUCGGACAUCUGAGUGGGAUUAUUCUCCUAAUUUAUCUCAAAAGUCAGGUAUUAUAUCAAUGAUUAGCAUGAGUUCCUUCUCAGAACAAAAGUCACCAAAGCCUCAACCGGUUAUCCUUAAUUCUGCCAUACAUCCUGAUCACCCCUCAGUGCCUGUGCAAGUCCCCAAGCUGUCCAAGCUUGUUGAUACAACAGAAUUGACCAAAGGUCCACAAGACAUGCCUGGUCAUUGGGUAGUAACUGGAGCUAAAUUGUGUGUCGAGGGAGGUAAAAUAUCUCUGGGAGUGAAGUUCUCACUUUUAGAAUUGAAUGAUAUUUUGUAGGAAAACAGGUUACGGUUACUGACUGCAGUGGUUUUUAUGUAUAACUAUAUACUAUAAUUAACCAUUUGGCUGAUUUUUUGUUGUUGUUAGACUGUACCCCUUCUUGUGUACACUAUAAUUUUCUCAGCUGUAUAUUGACAUGUUCUCUAGUGUGGAGGAUCAUGGUCUUUGUAGCCUUAA